UUCCAUUGUGGCGCUGUGUUUAAAUUAAGAACAAGUCUAUCUUUGAAUAUUAGUAGGAUUAGACGACAUGCAAAGCGUUUAAUAUUGAACAACUUUUUAUAACAAAAUAAAAAUAAAUAACAAACAUUAUGAUCUAUUUGUUUAAAAUGCAUAUUCUUAACAUUAAUGGCGUUUACCAAAUACAACAAUCACCAAUUCUUUAAUAUAAGUUAAUUUACUGAAAUAAGGGAAAUAAAUUAAUUUUAAGUAUAUUGCUCUUAAUUAUUUCAUUUUUUAAGAAUUUAUGAAUCAUGUUGUCAAGCAGGAUGGCAUUUAUUUCGAUAUUAUAUUUUCCGAGACACUGUAAGUCAUUGCGUUUGAACGAUUUAAAAUAACUUUUACUAAGUUCUCUUUCGUAUAAGUUAUCCUGUAAUUUUAAUGCACAGCAUAGAUGUAGUACUAUCUACUACUAGACAUAUUUACGAUAAUACCCUACACGUACAUUCUUAAUAAUUAUAAAAGUAUUAUCGAGACUUGUAAUAAAGAGUGACAAGUAUUUAACAUAACCUGCAAGAUAUCCGAGAUGUGCUAUAGGAAUAAAAACAUGGAAGCGUGCUAGCAGAAUUAUACUGCAAAACCGCAGAAAAUAAUGAUUCUUCAGAAUAUUAGCAACGGUGCAAUUAAAGCUGUCAGCAAUGUAUGCGUUAGACAGAAAAAACGAAAUGGUAACAAAUGUACUCGAAGGUUGUAUAUGGCACUACCACGUCUUACACCACAGGAGGUUACCACAGUUUUACAAACUAACGAGUAUACCAAAGAAUUUAAUGGGCAAAGUUCUGUGAAAUAUUAUGACUCUAAUCAAUUGCCAUCUAAUAAUCCUAUAGAAGAUGCUAGAUCAGAGGCCCAAUGUUUGUUCACCAAAGGAAUUUUAUUGGGUGUAUUCGAUGGUCAUGGAGGUGAUGCAUGUGCUCAAGUGAUAUCAAAAAGACUUUUUCAUUAUAUAUCAGCUUGCUUGUUACCCAAAAAGUUACUUAAGCAAUACCUGAACACAGUUAAUUCAGAUAAUAAAUUAGAACUUCUACAAAUGUUUAAUGAUAGAACUGAAUUUAUUUCCGAAAAUAAAGAUCUGUAUCAAGCAAGUUUCUUAAGUUUCAUGAAGGAUCUUGCAGAUAAUGAAUGUACAACAGAAUUUCAAAUGGAAACAGCUUUGGAAAAUGCAUUUAUGAGGCUAGACAAUGAUUUGUCGAAUGAAGCACUAUUAAACUUAGGUAAAAAGAAUACCAAAAAGUUCCUUGAGAUUGCUACAAGUGGUGCUGUAGCAGCUGUCGCGCACAUUGAUGGUCCCCAUCUCCACGUUGCUGGAGUAGGGGAUUGUCAAGCAGUACUUGGGACGCUUUCUGAAGAAGAUGGUUGGUCUGCGAAAUUAAUGACUGUGGAACACAAUACCGACAAUCGCGCAGAAGUUGAAAGAAUUUUAUCUGAGCAUCCACCAAAUGAAAGGUCUACUAUAAUUAAAAUGGAACGACUUCUUGGUCAGUUAGCGCCUCUUCGUUCUUUAGGUGAUUUUCAAUAUAAGUGGAACAAAAAGACUUUACGAGAAGUAGCGCCAUACAUAGGUGAAGCUAUGAUACCACCAAAUUAUCAUACUCCACCAUAUUUGACAGCCAAACCAGAAGUUAAAUAUCAUAGAUUAACACCCCGAGAUAAAUUUCUUAUAAUAGCUAGCGACGGUUUAUGGGAUUUAAUAUCUCCUUUAGAAGGCGUGCGUUUAGUAGGUGAACAUAUGAGCGGAAAAGUAACAUUAAGUUCACUACGGUUGCCUUGUAGAAAUAUGAAAUUGUCUGAUAUUAAUAAGAUGUUAGUGCAACGUAAAGAAGGAUUAAAAAAGAAACCUCUUGAUAGUAAUGCAGCAACACAUCUACUCAGACAUGCGCUCGGUGGAACAGACUACGGUAUAGAUCACGGAAAAUUAUCACGAUUAUUAACGUUAUCUAGCCCAGUGGUACGGAUAUUUCGUGAUGACAUCACGAUAACUGUUGUCUAUAUGGAUUCUGAAUAUUUAAGACAUUGUCCUCCUUAAAUAUAUGAGAAUUUCUGAUUAUUUUUGUACAGUACUUUACAACUAAUACCACACUCAAAUGUCACUAGAAAUCACUGAUUUAUCGUACGUCGUAUUAUUUAUUUAGUUAACAAUAAAAACAUUUUACAGAGAAACA